AUGAUCCUCGGACCGGUAUCACUGCUCGACUGUCUGGUCUUUGUCAUCUUCCUGACGCCACAGCUCCUCAUCAAUGUCGGUUUCUUCCCAACGGUAGUGGUCACUCUAAAGAUGCUGCCUUUUCUCGUGUUUCAACUGCCGACGUCCCUGUUCCACGAGCGAUAUCUACUCAGCCACGAUGAGCAGUCGCCUUUUGUGCAGCGUGCGAGUUUCUUCGAAGAUUUAGUCAUACGCUGCGUGCGUUACGCCUUUGCAAACUUGCCAACCAAUAUUGGACGUGUCUUCUUUUCAAAGUACAUAUCUCUGCCGUUUCUGCGGUUUCGAAUGCUGCGGCAUGGCUAUCUCAGGUCACCUGCGACCUGGAGUGAGCACAAGGAAAAGGGCCAACACGGCUUCGAAGGGGUUUGGAUCCAAAAGGAUGCGUCGCAACCGCCCGACAUUGUGGUAUACUACGCCCACGGAGGCGGUUUCGCCAUGGGCUCCGCGUACUUUUACCUCGAGUUUCUUCUGUCGUGGCACUCGUUACUCGUCCAAGCCGGCUACCGGAACCCUGCCAUAUUCUCUCUCGAGUACACGCUCGUGCCCGAUAAAAUGUAUCCAAGGCAAAUGUACGAGACUUUGAGGGGCUAUAAGCAUGUCCUGAAAAAAGUUGGAGACCCCCGGAAGGUGGUCGUUGCAGGAGACUCAGCGGGAGCAACCCUGAUAUUGACGCUGUUACUGGAGCUGGGUCACAUGAACGAGGCCCGGGCAUUCAAGGAAAAGAGUGACGAUUCCACCGCAUCUGAAGGUCGAAGCCAGGAGCAGUUGCGUCAAGCCUCAGAGUCCCCGCUUCCAGGGCUUUGCGUCUUGAUUUCGCCGUGGGCCAAGCUCAUCUCCAACAAGCAUGAAAAUACGACCAGCGACUUUCUGGAUCGCGACACGCUAUGGAAAUACGCGGUGCAGUAUGCUGGGGCAGCGCAUGUCUACGACAAGACCGCGUCGCCUGGGCAGUGCGCCGAUCCUCGGGUGUGGGCGGAAGCUAGUCCACUUUGUGGCUUCUUCAUCACGUACGGAUCAGAAGAGGUGUUCGCACCCGACAUCAAGGACCUGAUUAACGUCUUGGUCAAAAGUACCGAGGUCGACAGUCGUAGCGAGGAUGGCGGGAUACACGCCUGGCCCGUUGUUUCGUUAUUCCUGUCAAGCACCGAAGACAAGAGACUCAAGGGUCUGCGGACACUCACGUUAGCCAUCAGAAAACACAUCCAGUAG